UUACAAAGAUUAAAAAUUUAAUGCGAAUAUCUCCCUCGAAUAUGAGAUUGAAUGUGUGACAAAUUUAUCAGAAAUGCAUAAUACACAAAAGAAAUUGCAGAAUUUAUGAUAAAGUGUAGCUGUAUUGUCUCAAAUUUAAUAAAAUCUGCAAUUUUUGUGCGAGAAGAAAAAAAAACUUUUUUAUGUGCGAAAGUGAAAAAGUUUCCCAAAUGGAUUUUAAUGAAAUGUUAAAAAAAUAACAAAAAAAAAAUUGAUAAUAUGACAACAGUCAAUGUCAGUAGUCAACAUAUUAAUCAGAUAGUCAAUAUCGUGUAAAGUCAAUCGGAGCCAAAAUUAAUAAGAAAAAUAGAAAAAUUUCGUUUCUUGUUUUUGUUUUUCUUUUGUCAUAUGAAAAUUGUGAUUUAAUUAAUAAAAAGGAAUAAGAAGUAAGAAAAAUUGAAGCUUGUUUUGAGACAAAAGAAAGGAAUAAUCAGUGCACAGUGAGAUAAUCAUUAUCAAAUAUUUAAAUAAAAAUAAAAUAAAAUAAAAUAAAGAAGAAAAAAAGAAAAGAAAAAGUGAUAAAUAGAAAGUGAGAAAAAAUGGGAGCUAAGGCAAGUACAGCUGCUGGAAAUCAAAGUCCCCGAACAUUUUCAAAUUCAUCGAGCAGUGAUGUGGUAUCAGCUGGUAAUAAUGCAACGAGUUUCAAUUUUUUGCGUGCCAUUAACGGUGUAGACGCAGUAGCUGCUGAUUCACGACAAAGAGCACGAAGUAUGUCUGCUGUAGCCGAUUUAAGUGAUAUUCAUUCAGCUUCCUCUUCCUCAAAUCAUCAUCAUAACCAUCAUCAUUAUCCUCAAAAUGCAUUUUCCACUUCCAUCCAUCAUCAUCACAUUGUUAAUACUCAACAACAGCCAUAUGAUGUUGUUAAUGGUUUUCCAAAUGUAGGUGCUGGUGCUCACUUCGAUCUCUCAUCAAACAGUCCCGAGGAAAGCAAUCCACAUGAUGAAAACAAUCAAAUGCAUGCGCUGGGUAUCGGACGGGUCGUAGCAACAUCAUUGCCUUCUCACAUUUGGUCCUUAAAUGGGUUUAAAUGCCCAGUAUGCAGCAAAUUUAUAUUACCAGAUGAUAUCGAAUGUCAUAUAGUGAUGUGCCUAACGAAACCACGAUUGUCAUACAAUGAGGAUGUACUGAACGAUCCGAAAGGUGAAUGUGUGAUUUGCUUAGACGAUUUAAAUGCCGGUGAUGUAAUCGCUCGAUUGCCAUGCUUAUGUGUUUAUCAUAAAGGAUGCAUCGACAGAUGGUUUGAAGUAAAUCGAUCGUGCCCUGAGCACCCAUCUGACUAGUAGAUACCCUUCAAUUUUUGCUAUAGUAAAAAUGAUGUUGACUAUUAAUUAUUCACAACGCAAGGUUAAACUCCUUUUUUAGAUAAUAAAACAAAAAAAAAAUAAUGAUAAUAUAAUUAAAAAUUAAUAUGAGAAAAAAAAGUAAAAAAUACCAUUAAUUAAUAAAUAAAUUAAUUAUACAUUUUUACAUACUGAGAAAAUAAUAUAAAAAAAUUAUGG